AUGCGUUCUUUAGACAAGACCCCGCGCACGAUUGUCGACAUCAAAAAACUGGCUGAAACCAACCGCUGCGAAAUCGGCGAUGCUGAAAUUUAUAUCGGCUCAGCCGUCAGCAGUGCCCUGAUGAAUGAAAAUAUGGCGCUGCAUAAGCUGUUGCCAGGUCUGCUGGAGGCUGCGGAUUUGAUUGGCUCUACGCAGAUUCAGGGCCGCGCCACCAUUGGCGGCAAUCUGUGUAACGCAAGUCCGGCAGGUGACAGUAUCCCGGCGAUGAUUGCUGUGGGUGCGGUAUGUGAUAUUGCCGGUGGUUCUGGUCCGCGCAGCAUACCGGUGGAAGAAUUUGUGGUUGGUGUGGGCAAGAACGCGCUGGCGCCAGGCGAGGUGCUCCUCGGUUUGAAAAUUCCGGUCCCCGGACCGCGGCAGAGUAGCGCUUAUUUGCGUUUCAUCCCACGAACCGAGAUGGACAUUGCUGUUGCCGGUUGUGGUGUCAGUCUGACUCUGGACGAUAAAGGUGUUUGUACAGCUGCUCGGGUUGCCAUUGGUGCGGUGGCGCCAACCGCUCUGCUGGUACCUGCGGCGGCAGACGCGCUGAUUGGCACAACCUUGGAUGAUGCAGCUAUUCAUGCAGCGGGUGAAGCGUGCACUGCUGCAGCUUCUCCAAUUUCGGAUAAACGCGGCACCGUUGAAUACCGCAAAAAAGUGGUGGCGGUCCUCGCUCGACGUGAUAAGCUUGUCGAAACCAUCGAAGGCAUUGCCGGUGAUGAACUGCAUCCCAUUCAACAGAAAUUUCUCGAACAUGCAGCUUUGCAGUGCGGUAUCUGUACGCCUGGUUUCAUCGUUGCCACCAAGGCGCUGCUGGAGAAAAACCCUGAUCCUGACGAAAAGACGAUUCGUUACUGGUUAGCAGGCAAUCUUUGCCGUUGUACCGGUUACGAUAAAAUUAUCCGCGCAGUUCAGGUGUUCCCUGGUGGUAAAGGCUUAAACCAGUCGAUUGCGGCAGCCCGCGCCGGCGCUGAAGUUAAACACUUCGGUGCUGUGGGUGAGGACGGCGAUAUGCUGCUUGAGCAAUUGCAGCGCGAAGGUGUGGACACGACGGGUGUACAGCGCCUCACGGGACCCUCUGGCCAGGCCAUUAUCCAGGUGGAUGCCCAAGGGCAAAACGCAAUUGUCAUCAGCGGUGGCAGUAAUCGGCAGCUUUCUACCGAACUGAUCAAACAGGCGGUUGCGCAGUUACAACCGGGCGACUGGGUGCUGUUGCAGAAUGAAGUCAAUGACGUUGGCGAGAUCAUGGCUCAGGCCGCUGAGACGGGUGCAAACAUCGCGUUUAACGUCGCACCCCCGGAUGAGCGAAUCUUCGAGUAUCCGAUCGAGUUGCUGAAACUGCUGGUGGUGAAUGAGCCGGAAGCUAUGGCGCUGGCUCGGCAGGACACGCCGCAGGCGGCCUUUGCAAGUCUGCUUGCGCGUUAUCCACAGACCCAUGUUGUGCUUACCCGGGGUAAAGAUGGUCUCAUGUGCUAUGACGCAGAUACCCGGCGGCAGCAUGAAAUGGGUACAUUUGAUGUUACCCCGGUAGAUGAAACUGCUGCGGGCGACGCCUUUGUUGGGUAUCUCCUGGCGGCGCUCGUUGAUGGCAAACCUUUGCUGGAUGCGAUGCCCAUGGCCAGUGCAGCAGGGGCUCUGGCUGUGACAGCUGCAGGAGCUGCACCAUCAAUUCCCAGCGCCGAUGCGGUAACUGCUUUGCUGGAGGCUCAGCCCCACGCCAUUCAAGCCUGA